AUGACUGAGGAAGACUUCGACAAGCAACUUCGAAAGGCUUUCCAAGAAUUACAAUCUCAAAUACUCGAAAGUAGGGAAAAACAGAAGAAUGCAGACGUUACAAAAGCUGCAAUGAAACAAAAUAUAAGAGUGGCAGAGAUUGUCAAGUCACAAUUGGAACAGCUUCCUAAAGACGAGGAUCGUGCUGUUUAUAGAAUUGUUGGUCGUGCAUUUUUGCAAGAGACAACGGCUUCAGGUUUGCUUUAUACGUUUAAGGGGAACAACGUUGUGCUCGAAAAGUGGUUUAGGCCGCAAUUAGUCUUGCGUCAGUCUGCAAGUAAUCUUGUUUGUCCGCAAGAUCUUACAGGAACAUUGAGGACUGAUUUAGGUUACUUGUUCUUGGAAUAAUUUUGUAGAUUCCAUAUCUUAUGUUUCUACUAGCCCAUCCUCCGGUUAACUUUUUUGGUUAUCUUAGAUCAUGAACCCUUGGCAUGUAUAGACUUACAAGUCCUCUGAGUCACCGCGUCGAUCCCUGUCAGUUUUACCCCUUACUAACUUAUGCCCAGUUCUGGCUCUGCUGUAAGCUAUUAAUCUCUUGCCGUCCUUUAGCUUUUUGAGGGUAGUUGGGCCUCUUUUCAGAACGGGCCUCUUUGUGGUCUUUAAACAUCUAAAUUUAAUUUUUUAUUCAAUUUAUAUUUAUCGUUUUGUUUUUAAGAGAUUCAACGCCAGAAUGCUGACAUCAAACUGUGCAAUGAGCGUAUAACUUUAAUGGAUAGGCAGAAGGAUUACUUGGCCAAAAGCAUUGCGGAUUCUGAGAAGAACUUGCGUGAGCUCAUUCAGACGAGACGUUGAAAAGAAAAGUUUGAAUGGAAUACCUUUUUUUUUGUUUUUUUUUGUCUUAUAUGCCCCUUUUUGUCAAUACAACAUUAAUUUUAAAUUUUUGUUUAUCUUUUUUUAUUUUUGUUCUUU